GGUGGCCAUACUCCCGGAGGGUUUCCCGGCGGCCAGCCUGACCGCAGAGGAACUAUCCGGGCUUCAGGAGUCGGUCAUGGACGAGAUUCUCACGUCAGCGUGGAGCGGUCCCGUCGUGUUCAGGGGAAUCCACUUCAGGGUGGGUUACCUGAUUAUCGACUGCCUAGAUGAAGGCUCAGCUGAUUGGCUCAAGAUUGCCGUCAUCUCCAGGAAGAACGACGGAGCUGGUGCACUCCUGGUCGUAGGGAUGGACCAGACCGGAAGGGACGAGAUAGUGGAGCGUGACCACAAGCUCAACUUCCGGUUUGGCCACGUCACCGUGAGCGGUCUGAAAAAGACUAAAAAAGCUCCGGAAGAGACGCCCAAUGACGGCAUAUGUAAGGCUGUCGAGGAUACCCUCGAACCACUGAAUGUGGAGCCGAAGCUGCAGAGUGGGGAGCAGGAUGGACAAUCCAUCACCAGCAUGGACAUUGGGGACGACCAAGGGGAUGGACACCCUAUAGUCCGCCACACCGUCUUUACUUAA